UAGUGUGUUUAGACCUAUAGCAGUAUCAAAAGGAAACACAGCAAAAAUCGAAGAUCGAUCAUGGAGAGCUACAAAAUCCAAAGAAAACUGGGUAGUGGCAACUUUGCAAAGGUGUACCUUGCUACACACCUCCCUACACAACAAGAGGUUGCAUUGAAGAUGAUAUGCAAGAAGGGACUCAACAACAAGAACCUGGAAAGAGUGCAGAGAGAGAUCAGCAACAUGAAGACCCUGGGCAGCCAUGACAGCAUUGUGACACUCAUAGAAACAUUUGAGACCUCAGAGCACUACGUGCUAGCCAUGGAGUACCUGCCAGGUGGAGAGCUAUUCGACUAUGUACUAGAGAGAGACGGCCUGUCGGAAACUGCUGCAAAAGAAGUAUUCCGAGAAUUGGCCUGUGCAGUCCAGCAUUGCCACAACACUGGGAUUGCACACAGAGAUCUGAAACUCGAAAAUAUCUUACUGGACAGCAAAAACCGCCCCAAGAUUGCUGAUUUUGGCCUCUCAAAGGAAGCUCAUAAUCACCCGAUCUACGCUACGUACUGCGGCAGUCCCCUCUACACUGCACCUGAGAUUAUGCAUGGUCAGCAAUACAGGGGACCCGAGUGCGAUAUCUGGAGCAUGGGCGUGAUCCUCUACACGAUGCUAACGGCAACCAUGCCAUUCGAUGAUACGAACUUCACCAAGUUCAUGUUCAAGAUCGAGAAAGGGGAAUACUCCAAGCCUGAGGGCGUCUCAACUGAUGCUCAAGAGAUCAUCUCAAAAAUGCUCAACCCUAGUACCAACUCAAGAUACAACAUCAACCAAGUGCUUAACCAUCCAUGGCUGGCCACACCCUCUCAGAGGAGACGAAAACUCGGCAUUUGUCUUACCACUCCCCCUCAACUGAAAAUCACUGGAGUGUGCGAUUGCGAUUGUUCAUGUCACAAGAAUGAACCACACACGCACCGUGACUCUGUUAUCACCAAGCACUGUGAAGAUUGCGAGGAGAUCAUCUCUAACACCCUCGACUUCAAAAACAGACAGAUCCCACAGCUCAGCCGCAACUCAAGUACAACGAGCAGUGGCUACGGCUCUGAGUUCGGUAGUCAAUACCUCCCUAUUGAGAGCCCUGUCUGCAUGAGGCCUCGCUUUAGGCCCCUCCUUGAUAUAGAUGAACGAAGAUACUCACUACCAAGAAAGAGCAAGAUCUCCACCCCUAACAGCCGCAACUCCGUUCCCUCCCACCCCCUCGUAGCUACCCCUGCCUACUCUACGACCACCACCUGUGGAUUAGAAGAGGAUGACGGCACUGUGUUUAUCUAAGACUGAAAUUGAAAGUUAUAUAUCGACAAUCUGACAAUAUAUAUCGAUCGCUAGGUCUCCAAUCUAUGCAAUGAUUCUUUCCAUUUGUCUGAAAUGACAGGAGAGCCAAAUUUUCUAUCGAAUAUCAAAAACUUUGCACUGAAGAGCACCCCCUCCCCUACCCGUGAACGGUACAUGCUGUGGAAUGGACACUGUUCGUGAUUGUUAGAACAAUCCGAUCUCACCAUCUGAUAACUGAUUCAUUUACUCAUGUCUUGAUCAACUUACAUUUUUCUGUUGUAGGCAAAUUAAUAGUUAGUUAGGAUUACGAUAUCAUUUACCACAACGUCACGUCUUUAAACUUUGUGCAAACCCAUACAACAAAUGUUGUAAAUAAUAUUAUCAAAAUUAAUUGUUUAACAGA